GAGACUCAAUGAAAGAGAGAGAAUUGGAGAACUGGGGGCACCUGAGGUCUGGGGACUGUCGCCCAAGGUUCCAGACCCCGAUUCUGAUGAGCAUACACCAGUAGAAGAUGAAGAGGCAAAAUCUAAGAGCAGUUCUUCAGAUUCCAGCUCAGAAGAGGAAAAAAAGAAAAAGAAGAAGAAAAGAAAGAAGAAAAAGCGGAAGACAUCCAAAAGAAAACGCAGAAAAAAUUCUGAGGACAGCGACAGUGAGUCAGAGUCUGAGCAGAACUCCAGUGAUGAAGAUAAAAAGAAAAGCAAGAAGAAGAAGAAGAAGACCAGAAAGAAGAAGUAUAAGAAAAAGAAAAAUAAGAAGAGCAGGAAGGAAUCCAGUGAUUCAAGUAGUGAAGAUUCUGAUGAUGACACAUUUCAAGGGGAAGAUCUCUGGAUUGAGAGAUCAAAAAAUACAGAAGCUGAUAGCUUGAUUGGACCAGAAGCUCCCAAAACUCAUGCAUCGCAGGAUGAUAGGCCUUUGAACUAUGGACAUGCCCUCUUGCCCGGUGAAGGUGCAGCAAUGGCAGAGUAUGUAAAAGCAGGAAAACGUAUACCCCGGAGAGGUGAAAUCGGCUUGACCAGUGAAGAGAUUGCAUCGUUUGAGAGCUCUGGUUAUGUCAUGAGUGGCAGCAGACAUCGCCGAAUGGAAGCUGUGCGUCUGCGUAAAGAGAACCAGAUUUACAGCGCAGAUGAGAAGAGAGCUCUGGCAUCCUUCAACCAGGAGGAGAGGAGGAAACGAGAGAAUAAGAUCCUCGCAAGCUUUCGAGAGAUGGUCUAUAGAAAGACUAAGGGCAAAGAGGAAAAAUAAUUCUUUAUUUGAACUGUACACCAUAAAUUCUACCAAGCAGCAGCUAGCCUGUUCCAGUCAUGAUUUGAAAAAAGCUGCAAGUGCUGCAGUGCCUUUCACCCAACAGAGCCAAGCCUCAGGAGUGGAUUGCUUGUGUCAAGGCAACAGAGUUACUUUUGUCAGGUUUUCUUGGAUGAUUUGUUCACUGCCUACAAGGAAUCCCUGUAAAGUGAAAGGCUA